AUGGAUCAACGACAGCAAUAUAUUCCACCACCUCCUCCAAGACCAUCAACACAACGACAUGGUUUAUUCCCUCCACCGCCACUAGGGCCGCCCCCCUCCGCCUAUCCAGGGUCGAACCAAUGGCCAAUAUGGCCACCUCCUCCGCCGAUGAUUCACCCGUCUCUAAUCCCUUCGAACCAAACGUACGGCCGUCAACAAUCCACUCCAUUGUCAAUUCCCAUCCAACCUAUCCCACCUCCGCAAUCUGAAGUACUGCCAUUAACUUCGCCUACAUAUAUACUUGUUGGAGCAUCUUUAUGUCCAGGCGUUGGUAUUCCCCCAUUAUACGAUAACUAUGGACCAUCAACAACUGUGCAACCUUCAAACCAGCCCUGGGAAAGCGCUCCUGUGGAUAAAUCGCCAACGAGAGAUGGUAACAUUCCGUCUACUCCAUCAGCCCGACACUUUCCACCAUCGGUUACGCUAGGAAACGACAAUUCUGAAGCCGCGUCACCAGGUUUUGCAACUUAUCAGACUUAUAACUACGAACCGGCGCGAACGUCCAGCCAUAAACACAAUGCCAGCAAUACUUCUCUUGGACGGAUGUCUACUGGCGAAUCUACUGUGAAUUGGCCACUAGAGCGAGUCAUUAAUUGGCUUAUUAGGAAAGGGUUCUCCAAGGAUUGGCAGGAGACUUUUAAGUUCUUAGAACUUGAAGGUGCCGAUUUUCUUGGACUUGGUCAAGGAGGAAAUGGACGCGGGAACCUUGGAAAGCUGCACCAGCAGGUUUACCCCCAAUUGGCAAAAGAAUGUCAGAAGAGUGGCAGUGGCUGGAACCAACAUCGAGAGCAUAAAGAAGGAAAGCGUAUGUGGCAACUUAUUCGCGAGAUACAGGACGGGAACGAAGCAUCUUCGCAGACUCACAGGCGACGAGGGUCUCAAACUAUGGUAAUCAGUGCUUCUACCGAAGGAGGGUUGGAAAACUCUCCGAAUCUGGGAUGGGAGUCCACUGUUCCCCCUAGGCCAGCUAGCUAUAUUCAACACCCUGCCCACCGACAAACACCAAACACUGGUGAAAAGCAAACUGAUCAGACACGGCCCGGGGCUGCUCCCUUUUCGUAUAGACAAGAUGCAAUCUAUGGUGACUCGCGCCCUGAAUUCACUCGGCAUGCGGUUUGUAACCUAGAAACUUUCCGAAAACAAAGCCCCUCUUCACCUAGUGGUGGUAAUCCGUUUAAACCUCCGCCAUCUCUGACAAGUCGGAAAUCAUUUGGGCCGGAGUAUGACUUUGAAGAAACCAAAGUUGAUUUUGAUACACCCCACAUUCCUCAGUCGAGCUCUGAUGAUGACUCUGAUGACGGCCUUUUUGCGAAGCCGCUAGUGACAAGCAAGCCGCAGAACACAAGAUCUAAUAAAGGUCGGUCCGUGGCUUUCAAAUCUCCUAACGCCAAUGAUGGACAAUCUCUCAGUCCGCCGUAUCCUAGCUCCGCAGUUUUUUCAAACGAUCCGCGCUCCGGUUUUGAUGGAAAUGGAGCAACGUUUCCAAGCGCAGGGCAUUCGUCGGAAGAGGAAAAGCCUCGCAGGAAUUCCUCCUUUGCAACAAAUUUUUAG